AUGGUGUUAAUCGAAAGUGAAAGCGACGAUGAAAUCACCGUUAAUGAAGCACCAAAGCCAUCUCGUACUUCCUCGUCGCAUCCCGAAACAACGACAGCGACGGAGGCGAAACUUGUCGACGGAGAUGAUUCCGAUGGGUUUGAAACUGCAAGUGAACGUGAAGUGAGCGAUAACGAAGGAGAUGAAACUGAUAGGAAGCAAGACGCGAUAACGAAACCGGAAUCAGAACAUUCCGUUAAGCCGGAGACUAAGGAAGAGCAAGUGGAGGCCAUUAACGAUUCCGGAUCAAAUCAGAAAGCAUUGGAAGAUACAAACGAAGCUAAAAUGGAAGGAAACAAACUAUUUGGAAAUGGUCUUUAUGAAGAAGCUUUGUCAAAGUAUGAGCUUUCUCUACAUUUUGCUCAAGAAUCUCCAGAAUCUUUGGAGCUUCGAUCGAUUUGCCAUUCAAACAGAGCUAUAUGUUAUCUCAAAUUGUGUAAAUAUGCAGAAGCAAUCAAGGAAUGCACAAAAGCUAUAGAGCUGAAUCCGAGCUAUACUAAAGCUUUGGUUCGUCGUGCAGAAGCUCAUGAGAAGCUUGAACACUUUGAAGAAGCUCUCGACGACUUGAAGAAGAUAUUGGAACUUGAUCCUUCAAACGAUCAGGCGAGAAGAGGGAUUCGGCGUUUGGAACCGUUGAUUGCCCAAAAACAAGAAAAGAUGAAAGAAGAAGCCAUAGCAAAGCUAAAGGAGAUGGGAAACACAAUCUUGGGGAAAUUUGGGAUGAGUGUAGACAACUUCAAAUCUGUUAAAGAUCCAAACACUGGCUCUUACUCUUUCUCAUUCCAAAACUAG